AGCGAGUGGGUACCAGGUGGGCUCCAGCGCUACUAGGUGCUGCAGGAACUGGAAACGCACUGGCCUGUGUAUCGGGAUGUUCUGCGAGUGUCCAUAAUUGUCAGGGAAGAGAAAUCUUGCUCAAAAAACCGCGGGAAGGACCCAGCUUGGCUAGUGUUAGACCAGCAGGUCCUGGAGUGGCAGACUCAGCUGUGGCAUCAUUUUACUGGUCGUUAUGUCUCAGGAGAGAGAUGUGGAGAGUCAGCAGUCCCAAAGCAGUGCCUCUUCGCAGUCCCACAGAGUUGGAGUCUGUUCACAGUCCCAAGGUGGCUUCACCCAGUCCCAUGGUACCUCCUUACAGUACCAGGGCUCAUCUAGCUCAUCUACCAACACGAUACCUACCUCCAGCCAGUCCUCUCACUCCAGCUCUGGGACAUUGAGCUCCUUAGAGACAGUGUCUACUCAGGAACUUUAUUCCAUUCCUGAGGACCCAGAGCCUGAGGACCCUGCUCCUGCCCCUUGGGGUCGAUUAUGGUCCCUGCAGGAUGGAUUCUCUAAUCUUGAGUGUAUUAAUGACAACUACUGGUUUGGGAGAGACAAAAGCUGUGACUAUUGCUUUGAUGAACCACUACUGAAAAGAACGGAUAAAUAUCGGACAUAUAGCAAGAAACACUUUCGGAUUUUCAGGGAAAUGGGUCCUAAAAACUCUUACAUUGCAUACAUAGAAGAUCACAGUGGGAAUGGAACCUUUGUAAAUACUGAGCUUGUAGGGAAAGGAAAUCGCCGUCCUUUGAGUAAUAAUUCUGAAAUUGCACUUUCACUAUGCAGAAAUAAAGUUUUUGUAUUUUUUGAUCUGACUGUAGAUGAUCAAUCAGUUUAUCCUAAGGAAUUAAGAGAUGAAUACAUCAUGUCAAAAACUCUUGGAAGUGGUGCCUGUGGAGAGGUAAAGUUGGCUUUCGAAAGAAAAACGUGUAAAAAAGUGGCAAUAAAAAUCAUUAGCAAAAGGAAGUUUGCUAUUGGCUCAGCGAGAGAGGCAGACCCGGCUCCCAAUGUUGAAACAGAAAUAGAAAUUUUGAAAAAACUGAAUCAUCCUUGCAUCAUCAAAAUUAAAGACUUUUUUGAUGCAGAAGAUUAUUAUAUUGUUUUGGAAUUGAUGGAAGGAGGAGAGCUGUUCGACAAGGUGGUGGGGAAAAAGCGCCUGAAAGAAGCUACCUGUAAACUCUAUUUUUACCAGAUGCUCUUGGCUGUGCAGUACCUUCAUGAAAAUGGCAUUAUACAUCGGGACUUAAAGCCAGAGAAUGUUCUUCUGUCAUCUCAAAAUGAGGACUGUCUUAUAAAGAUUACUGAUUUUGGGCAGUCCAAGAUUUUGGGGGAGACCUCUCUCAUGAGAACCUUAUGUGGUACCCCUACCUACUUGGCUCCUGAGGUUCUUGGUUCAGUUGGGACUGCCGGGUAUAACCGUGCUGUAGACUGCUGGAGUUUAGGAGUUAUUCUUUUUAUCUGCCUUAGUGGGUAUCCACCUUUCUCUGAGCAUAAGACUCAAGUUUCCCUGAAGGAUCAGAUCACCAGUGGAAAAUACCACUUCAUUCCUGAAGUCUGGGCAGAUGUCUCAGAGAAUGCUUUGGACCUUGUCAAGAAGUUGUUAGUAGUGGAUCCAAAGACGCGUUUUACAACAGAAGAAGCCUUGAGACACCCGUGGCUUCAGGAUGAGAACAUGAAGAGAAAGUUUGAGGAGCUGCUGUCUGAGGAAAAUAAGUCCUCAUUUCCAGCGCAGGCGGCUCCUGUGUCUCAGUGGGUAGGGCACCAGCCACAUACUCCGAGGCUGGCAGGUUUGAACCCGGCCUGGGCCAGCUAAAGCAACAAUGACAAUUGCAACAACAACAACAACAACAACAGAUAGCCGGGCGUUGUGGCGGGCGCCUGUACUCCCAGCUACCUGGGAGGCUGAGGCAAGAGAAUUGCUUAAGCCCAAGAGUUUGAGGUUGCUGUGAGCUGUGAUGCCAUGGUACUCUACCCAGGGCGACAGCUUGAGACUCUGUCUCAAAAAAAUAUUUAUAUAAAAAAAGAUUUACCCCCCCCCAAUUAAUAAAGAACGGUCUUUGAAAGUUUAAAUAUGGACUUUAAUGCAGAUCUAGGUUCAUAGGUCUAUGUUUUGGCUCCACUACUUACUAGUUAUAUGAGCUUUGACAACUCUUAACUUUUGUAUCUCAGUGUUCUCAUAUGUAUAACUGACAGUAGUAUCCAUCUCAAAGAAUUGUUAAAGAGAAUGUAGGUGUUUAGAACAAUGCCUCCAUGUGUUAGGGAUUUAAUAUUUGUUGCUUAUCUUCUAUUAAUUAACUCCAGUUAGAAGCAAGCUAAAGACCAAAAAGGAAACAAAACCAAAAAUAACCUUUAAUAAAGAGAAAAGAAAAACAAAUAACACAAACCAUAAAGAAAAAAACCACAGAAACCCCAAGCCUUCUUCCUGUCCCUCUCACUUUUCUGUAGCCUAAGAAAUCAGUGUGAGUGCUGGAGGAACAGUGAAAGAAGAUGUCUUUUAUACUGCAUAAUUGUGUUGUGAAAGCUUGUGCAAUCUAGACUGCUAUGUAGAAUGUUUGACAAUGUUAUUUUAAAGUAUUAUGGAAAAUAAUAAAAGUGUGAU